GUCCCUCCCAGCCCUCAGCAAAUACAAUGAUCUCCAAAAGGUUGCCUACUAUGAAUUAGCCCGAAGGAUCAAAGUAGAUCCAUUGAUUAAGACUAUUUUUGUUUUUUUACUUCAUGUGGCUUUGAACGUGACUAAUUUAUCCGCUUGUAGUUAACUCUCUGUGGAUAUAAGAAGAGUUUCGAGCGACUACAUUCCAUGACCUCCACGACGAAGACUGAUAGCACGUCUCCUCAAGCUUUGCCCACCAUGGUAGAGUCCGACGUCUACGGAAUGAAAAUGCUGACGCCGCGAGUAUCCUCGUCACUAGUCCGCAAUGGCGCGGAGAGUGCGGUAAACACGAGAGCGCCGCCCAGUAGCGGUUUACCGCCGAGGUUGCCACCAGCUUCAGACUCCACGCCUUUGUCGGAAUCAUCCCCAAGUUGGCGUCUCAAGCUCCAAGCGCUGCAGGCACGGUACUCCGACGACGGGGAGGAAGAGCAGGUAGCGACAUAACAUCCUCUUCCGAAUACGAACAGUAGGAAUCAGUUGUUUCAACUACGUGUAAAUACGAACAAUGAAUGAAUAGAGAUCUAAACUAUGCUGCGAUCGUGAGUCUCUCCCACUCAUUUAAAAAGUUUCUUGACGCGGAAGAGGAUGCAGAGAUGCGCAGUGCGGUUUCCACUAGACGUGCGGGUUUAGAGCAGGAUUCUGCAAGAAAGGCGCUCUCGUUGCUGCGAAAAGACGAGGGUAAGCGUUUCGGUAGUACCGGCAAAGAUGUUGACGUGCUGAAGCGACUAUUACAGAAGAAAAAUGGGACAGGAGAUGGAGCUACUAGUUGUGAGAACAAGAUGGCUGAGUCCUCUAGCACAUUCCGUGUUGCGGAACACACGUCUCCGCGUAAUGGAGGAGCAUCAAUAGCCGUGAAUGGGACAUCAACACUACCUAGUACGAGUGAUGCAAACAAUUGUCCUCCUCGCAUGGCAACCACCUGUUCCAUCGGCGCUGGUUCGACCACAAGUAUUCCGUGCUCAUCUUCAGCCGAGUUGUACGCAAAGCGAGACAGGGAGAAAAUGAGGGCAGAGGCGGCAGCAGUGUACGCAGCUGAAGCGGGGUUUCUCGGCCUUGGUGUAGAUGAGACUAGGACCUCAGACGAGAGUGAAGAAAUGGACGAAAGCAAGGCAGAGUUGAAGCAGGAACUCUUCGUUGCGCGCGCUAGCGCAGAUUUUGCGCGCUCCGAGAACCUUAGACUGCGUGGAGAGCUGAAAAAAGUAAGCAAUGAAGCAAGCGAGUGUCGAGGCGAACUAGAGGCAGAAAAAGUCAUGCACGAGGCCGAUCGACUAUGUUGGAAGGCAACCACCGAUGAGGCGCUCGCGGCAGUACUUUCCAUUUCAGAUUAAAGUUUUGAAACUCAAGAUUCUUGAUUCUGGUAUAAAGUAACUGGAGUACUCCGCUAGUAAGUUGCAGUUCUUGUAUUUGUGUUUCUCAGAGUGCUAACGAGAGCGAUGACAGCUCGUUGCUAGUAGAGCUGGGUCGGCAAAAGGAGGAGUUGAGCUUGAUGAAAGCGGAGAUUUCUCAUUUUCUACGGAGGGAAAAGACACUAGAGGAGGAGCUAGCACGGGCAAAGACAGCCUUAGACGACAAGACACAGGAAUGCGAGAAGAAAAAGGACUCGAUCGCCCGAAUUCAGGCUGACAACGUCCUAGAGAGCAAUGAUAUGCAGGAGGAGUUGGCGGAACUGCGACGGGUAAACGAUGAGAAGACACGGCAAUUGGAAGCACAAAUAUUGAGCAAAGAAAGUGAAUUGCAGACACUGCGGGACGAAGCAGAUGAAAGAGAACAGGUACUAGUGACAAUAUUACCCAAAAAAUCGCACCGACAAGUCUUUCUAAUGCCUAGUGAGUUUCGUUACACAACUUCAACUUCAAUUUAAGUAGAAGACGAAUGAUGUAAAUACGAAGACACACUCUAUACUCUAUAGCGACAACCGCAAAUUACUUGAUUAUUUUUUCAGACCCUGGAAGAGAAGGAGCAAGAGAACUUGCGCUUGCUUGUCGGUCAAGCGCAGCUGCGGACCGAAAUUCAGCGUCUCGAGUGCGAGAUAAUAACCAAGUACGUCCCAACUGAAGAGGCCGAGCGUCGAGUUGCCGAAGCGAAGGAGAAGCUUGAAGAGAGGCUGAAUGACACUGAAAACGCAUUAGAGGUUCGCACACAAGCCCUGCGGGAGGAGCUUGAAGAAGCAAAAUCAUAUGAUAAAGCGCUCCGAGAGCAGUUGGCAGUUCACAAAGGAGAACUCCAGGUAAUGCUCUUGAAUGAUAGAAUUCAUUGUUCACUAUUUUGUCUGCUAGCCCUCUUCACCUAGUAAUCCACUUUUACCGUAUGCAGGAUUUUGAAACUUCCUAUCCCUAUUCCACCCCUUAUCAUGUCAUACUGAAAAAUAAAGGCCGUGGUCGACGCGAAGAAGAAGAUGGAGGAGGUUUUAUUGGAGGAGUUGCACGAAUCCUCGCAGAAGAUUGCCGAUCUUAAGCAGCGAGAGGCUGAAAAGGGGCGCGAGCUUACCGCCAGAGAGGAAGCAGCGAAAGAGGAAACAAAGGCGCAGGUACGUUGCCUUGUACAAAGAACUUGAACGCAAUACAUUCUUGUUCGGAGUGCUGUGCUCAUACAGGAAGUAAUUUAAAAAGAGGCGUGAUACGACACUAGACGUACAACUGCAUACAACACUUUCGUCGAGAGCACAUGCAACCUUGCUGGAAUGAAUGUGUGUCAUGCUCUCACCGUAGUUGUUGUGGGAAUCGACCUUGUUGUUGGCUGCCAUUUUGUCUCUACGGUGACCACGAAGGGUCAUAUCCGGGGCACUCACAUGACAAUCAGGUUAGGCGUGAAAUGCGGGACUUCACCAGUGAGUUGCGGAGCACAUUCGAAAGCGACUGGGAGGAAGAGGCGAGAACCUUAAAUCUCAAGCACGAGGCCCACAGCCGUAAGUUAGAACAACAGCUGGCUGGGGCAAAGAUCGACGCCGCGAAAGCUCGCGAUGAGUUAGGAUGACAUGGCUCGUCCUCGGUGGCCUCUUUUGGUUUAUAUCAAUUCCAUCGUGUGAAGUCCAGUAUUGUCGUCCGCAAUCCAGUACUUUUGUAGUGUCACUAGUUACAUUUACCACCUCUAAAGCUGGCAACGAACAUGCGUGCAAGUUUGCAGCUAGCGGAAUCGCAGCUACGCACUCUGUCAGAAGCAUCGUGGGAAGUCGAAGCCGUGCAGAAAAGAGAGGCCUACCGGAGGGAGGAGCUACAUCUGAUUAUGAAAAUGGUCUUGAUGAUCAACAACAUAAAUUUUUUGCUAUACCUAUAUUGUAAUAUUUAUAAAUAUAUGUUGUUAGAUUCAGUCACAACUACCAAAAAGGUGACUAUGCGACGACUGUAUCAUCAACGCCCUUCGGUUGUUGCAAGAAUAUAUAGUCGCAGAAUUAGCAAACAUAACAAUCACUCUAUUUCUUUUUUUUCAAUGCGAGAAACCAAUGUAGUAAUACAUACUGACUCAUCGUCAAAUGUAUAUUUUAUCUAAGGUAGAAUGCGAGCGUUACGAGACGCAAGUUGCACAACUACGCUCUGAUUUACAGAAAGCACUCGCCAAAGCUGAAGACGAUCAUCUGAUGUUUCGUUCUGCCGAGUCCUGCCUUCAGACGGAGUUGGUACAGCUGCGAAAAAAGAUCCUCAAAAGCGAACUUGUGAAGUUAUGUUCGGAUCGUCAAAUAAAUGGAAGACGUUUUUCGACUUAGGUACUUCUGGCGUUAUAAAGGGGAGUCUGUACAGGUCAUAUCAGAGGGGAGACAUGGCAUGAGAUUUAUGAGCAUUGUGUUGACGACAUUUGACGUAAAAACAAGUCCUCCAGUAUCUUCACAUGUUGGUAACGCUUGUGCUCGUUUGUCCUCGACGACCUUUUGAAACUGAUCGGCAUUCAUGAAUUAGCUGCGCCGCAGGUGGAACCACUUUGGGAUCAAGGCACAGCUCACUUGGCAGGAGUCGUGGUUCUGGCUACAUGUAGGUUUCGCAACCGCUUAGGCGUACUACAAAAGGGAGCGAUUACGCGAGGUCGACUGGAGAUGACCCAAUCCUCAUCUUGUUUGAUGAAGCGCGUGGUCGCUGGUUGUAGUAGUGGGCAAUGUGAUGAGCAUGAGGGGGUAGGAAACACAAGUUUUUGCACGUAGAAUUACAUCAACGCUUCUCCAUUUGGGACGAGAUAUUGAAAAGCUUUGUCUACGAUUGCAAUUUUUGUCUUGCUACCUAAUGCAGCUCAACUGUCCUCCGCCUGUGUUGCUGUUCGUGGUAAUAGUCAAAUGAUGCUUGUCAACAUCGACGAUCACUGUUUCAGAGGGAUGAAAACGAGUUCAAUCGCGACUUCUUUCGCGUCGUCGUAAGUACUUAGGCGGAAAGAUCUGCAGAUGAAACGUGGAUCAUCACUAUGGCCAAACAUGCAAAGUCCAAAGAGCAGCUUCGAAACUAGGAUCCAUAAGAAGAUUGUACUAGAAUCAAUAGAUCAUGACAUCGCAGGCUAGGGAGAUGAAUCAAUAAUAAUUAUCAUAAAUAACAUCGUGUGUAGGUGUAGUUGAAAACUGCAAAAAUAAUACAGAUUGAUGAGAAUGUUUUUUACUCAAUAGCUACUAUCUGUGGAGACUUGUCAUCUUUGUGGAAUCGGUUAGGACAUGCAGUUUGUGG